CUUGUAAACCAUCCAUCGACCAAUUCACAACUCUCCCUACUUAAAAUAAUCGAUUUCAACGCGUCUUCAACACUGUACACUUCAUUCAUUCAUUCUACAUCAAAUAAUCUAGUUAAGUUAUUCUCCGUUAAUUUUGGGGUCUAACAUUUUUCUGCUCAUGUUUUUUAUUGGAUCGAAGAAGACCUAUAGUUUUUGUGUUGGGAUUUAUUUCUCAAAAAAUGAUUGUAUCUGCUCUUUUGACAUCUGUUGGAAUUAACACUGCUCUAUGUGUUUUGUUCUUCACAUUUUACUCCAUAUUGAGGAAACAACCUAGCAACUAUAAAGUUUAUAUUCCACGAUUGCUAGCUCAAGGAGCUUCGCUAACAACACCUUUCAAUUUGAAAAAACUUAUACCUUCCCCAGAUUGGAUUGCAAAAGCUUGGAGCCUUUCUGAGGAGGAUCUUUUUUCAUUGUCAGGAUUAGAUGCUCUUGUCUUUAUGCGUCUCAUAACCUUUAGUUUGAAAAUAUUUACUUUUGCUGGUGUUAUUGGGAUCUUUGUGCUUCUUCCAGUGAACUGCUGGGGAAAUCACCUAGAAGAGGUUGACAUUGUUGACUUUGCUGCUAACUCUUUAGAUGUGUUCACCAUAUCAAAUGUAAACAGUGGCUCUAACUGGUUGUGGGUCCAUUUCAUUGCUGUAUAUUUUGUAUCUGGAUUCACAUGCUUACAACUUCAUCAUGAAUAUAAAUACAUAGCGUCCAAAAGAAUAUCUUAUUUUUAUUCAUCCAAGCCUCAGCCACACCAGUUCACCAUUUUAGUUCACAGUAUUCCUUCUUCCUCAAGUUGCAGUAUCAGUGACAGUGUGGAGAGCUUCUUUAGAGAGUUAUACCCAUCAACAUAUCUAUCACAUGUGGUUAUUCGCCGUACAAAUAAAAUUCAAACUCUCCUGAGUAAGGCAAAGAAUUUGUAUAAAAGGAUUGGUCAAUUACGUUCAGAUCCUACUCGAAAGUACAAGAAUGUUGAUCUUUGUGGACUUUUUGGAUCUAAAGAUGAUCGUAUAGAUCAUUAUGGAAAGAAGUUGGAGGACAUCGAGCAGAAUGUGAGAUUGAAGCAAUCAGAGGCUUCAUUGAUAGGAGAAGAGGCUCGAGCGGCUUUUGUGUUCUUCAAGUCCCGUUAUGGCGCUGCAAGUGCUUUCCAUUUGCAACCAUCAAGCAAUCCAACACAGUGGAUUACUGAGCCAGCUCCACAACCUCAUGACGUUUACUGGCCUUUCUUUUCUGAAUCGUUCAUGCGACAAUGGAUUUCUAAGUUGGUGGUUAUAGUUGUGUAUAUUCUUUUCACAAUUUUGUUCCUUAUACCGGUUUUAAUCGUACAAGGGCUUACCAAUCUGGAACAAUUGGAAAUUUUGUUUCCCUUCUUGACAAGUAUUCUAUCUGUAAAAUUUGUUACUCAAAUAAUUACAGGAUAUCUUCCCAGUCUUAUUCUUCAGUUGUCUCUGAAGAUGGCACCUCCUGUUAUGUGGUUUCUUUCCACCAUUCAAGGAUACAUCUCACACAGUGAUAUAGAAAUGAGUGCAUCUAAAAAAGUACUGUGGUUCACAAUAUGGAAUGUUUUUUUUGCAACUGUGUUUUCUGGGUCAGUUUUUUAUCAGCUGUAUGUCAUCCUUGAUCUGAGGGAAAUUACUUGGAAACUGGCAGUUUCAGUUCCAGCGCAGGCAUCAUUUUUCAUCACUUAUGUUGCCACAACAGGAUGGACAAGCGUGUCAUCAGAACUAUUUCAGAUAAUUCCUUUCAUUUGCAGUUUGAUAAAAAGGCCCUUCACCAGACCAGAAGAGGAAUUUGAAGCUCCGUCUCUUGCUUACCACAGAGAUGUUCCAAGGAUCCUUUUCUUUGGACUUCUUGGUAUUACAUAUUUCUUCUUAGCUCCGCUAAUUUUACCAUUCCUCUUGGUCUAUCUCUGUCUUGCAUACAUUAUUUAUCGAAACCAGUUCAUAAAUGUAUAUGCACCAAAGUAUGAAACUGCAGGGAGAUUCUGGCCUAUAGUCCACGAUUCAAUGAUAUUUUCUCUAGUACUUAUGCAAAUGAUCGCAGCAGGAAGUUUUGCAUUAAAAAAAAUUUCUCCAGCUUCAACUUGGAUGUUUCCUCUACCAGUGCUCACUCUUCUCUUUAAUUAUUACUGCCGAAAACGAUUCUUGCCAAUAUUUACUGCAUACUCCGGAGAGAGUUUAAUAAAGAAGGAUAUGGAAGACCAAAAGGAUAAUGCUUCAAUGGCUGAAUUUUACAACAAAUUGCUAACUGCAUAUAAAGACCCUGCUUUGUUUCCAAUUCAACACGCAUCGAGGGAUGAUAGUCUUGCUAGUCCCCUUUUAUCUUAAGCUCAAUAUCAAGUGAUCACAAUAUUCUACCGUAUAAAUCCUAUCCUGUUGGCUGUUUCAUACUAUCGUGUAUGUGAUUUCAGAUUCCUUCCUUUUUGAAGAAACAAUGUAGUACAGAAGCCAGAAGGUGUGCCAUCAUGUGCAGAAGCCGUAUACGUUCCAAUUGCUUUACUCUUAAAUCAACCAAGUGUAUGUUUGGAUUAGUAGUGAGUUUUGCAAAAUCACGUGCCACUCUGUCUUUGGUAAAAGUUACACUUUUGAGUUUCAACAAAAUUACGAUGCCAACGUGAUUUGUCAAACUCAUCCCAAUUCGAAACAUGCACCAAGUCAUUUGUGUAUAUAUUUUUAGUGUGAUAAGUCAAAGUAUAUUAUCCAUAGAGAUUAGAGUGCAUAGUUACCACGUUUAGAAUAUGCAACAACUAAGUCAUUAGGAUUUAGACUAUAGUGGAGAAAGCUCUGCAUUGUUUGUAAUGGUAGAAACUAUACAUGGCAAACAAUUUUGGUAUAGGAUAGCAAAUACAACAAUGAUUUUAUUCUUUGUGAGAUGUUGUAACUAGAAUUCACAGUUCACUUUCACUACAAACGAUCGUGUUAUUGAAUUAAAUUAUAGUUAUAUACUUAUAUUAUGUGCA